ACUGCCUCGAACUGAAACUGACAAUUAGUCGCCGUCUUAUGCUCCUCGCCAAAAGUCGCUUCUUGCCCCGCACUUAGCUCGAAAACUCAAAACUUGCACAACGGCUCCACAUCUAAAUAUAUAUAAAAUAUCUAAUCGGAGAAUAACGAUCGUGUGAUAUUACUGCCGCAUCAAGAACCAUAAAUAUUACUUUUCUAAAGAAAAGCAAAAAUUGUGAAAACAAUUUUAAGUUUCCUGUUAAAUUGGUGAUCUUCAAAUAAUGAAAAUUGUGAAUCUUUUAAGAAGUUGGAAAUUAACGCAUCAAGAUGAAACGUAGAAAAAGCAGAAACAAAGCAUCAACUGCUGAACCCAAACGUUCCAGAACUGGAGUCAUGUCAUGGGAUUGUUAUAUAAGGGUUCCAAACUCCUGAACAUAACUCUGGAUUCCCUGGAAGAUCAAGAGGGUGGAGCUAUGUACAUAUCGUGCGAUGUCUCAAACGGCGGUCCUGUGGAACCAGAGACGGGCUAUGUGCCCAACAAUCCCCUGUUCGGCUUGGCGCUGGACAGCCCGCAGCAAGAGUGUGCCGCUUCCUGCGUUGGCUGUUUAUCCUGCCAAGGCAGCACCGCCUUACCUAUCUCCUCGCUUACCAGUAGCGACUUCGACUGCGGCGGUUGUUUCGAUACCACGAUUGGAGUGGGCGUGGGCAUCGGUAGCAGUCACAUCCAAAUCAGCACCACACCGCCGGCGAGCAGCGGCAACGGAAGCAGCAACAACGGCACCGGAGGAGGCUCCUCUGCGAAUCACGGCUACUGGAGCACCGACGAGAUGGCCUCCACAUUCCCCGGCCUACCACCGCUGGACAUUGAUCCGCUGCCCAGUUUAUUUCCCUUCUCGCCUUGUGGUGCCUCCUACAACUUUGCCGCCGGAAAUCCGCACCAAGCCUCGCUCUCCUACACUGUGCAUCCCCACCAGAUGCUCAUCUCGCCCAAUUCCCACAAUCAUGGCCAGAUGCACUCCCAGCACCAACAACACCAGCAGCAAUCCCAAAGUCAGGCAUCGCACGUUGGCAACUCGCUCCUCCAAAGCAGUGGUGCCAAUAAUAUGGGCACUAAUGGUGUCUCAACUGGAGCAGGUAACUCCGCUGCCUGUUAUUAUGAAACAGCUGGGACCGCUCCACCACCUCCUCCCCCGACGACUGCCAUGUAUCCCAGCAUGAGUGUGAACGUAAGCAUGAACAUGACCAUGCACCACGGCUACGGGGCCGGAGAUGCCAGUGGAGUCCCGAUGCAGUGCUCUCAGAUGAACUGGACUCCGCCUAGCAACUCUUCCUCGGCGGCAGCAGCAGCGGCAGCGGUAAAUGUGCUGUAUCCACCGCUUCUGAGUCCAGGUCACUAUCCCGCCUCGGCAACGUACUCCUUUACGGCAGACUUCCGCGCACCGGCCCCCGCGGGAUUGGGCUCCUUGCCCUCGCUGACAGUCGGGGAAAAGGAGUCUCCAUCGCCACCUACCAACACUGCUUUGGGUAGCUAUUAUCCUACGGCGGUAACCAAUCAGGGGUACACACCGCCCCAUAAAAGUCCCACUAGUUACCAGGCAGCCGCCCUCGGAUUAAGCCUUUCCGCUUUCGAGGAUGAGGAGGACAGCAACGAGGAUUUGGAUGGGGACGAGGGCAGCAGUGGCGGUGAAAUGAAACCCAAUCUGUGCCGACUGUGUGGUAAGACAUAUGCCCGACCCAGUACGCUGAAAACCCAUCUACGGACCCAUUCCGGCGAAAGACCAUAUCGAUGCCCCGACUGCAACAAGAGCUUCUCACAGGCCGCCAAUCUGACGGCCCAUGUACGCACACACACCGGCCAGAAGCCGUUCCGCUGCCCCAUCUGCGACCGGAGAUUCUCGCAGAGCUCCAGCGUCACCACGCACAUGCGCACCCACUCUGGCGAACGGCCGUACCGCUGCUCCUCCUGCAAGAAAUCCUUCUCGGACAGCAGCACCCUCACCAAGCACCUGCGCAUCCAUAGCGGCGAGAAGCCCUACCAGUGCAAGCUCUGCCUGCUCAGGUUCUCGCAGUCUGGAAAUCUCAAUCGGCACAUGCGCGUCCAUGGGAACAACAACAGUAAUAAUGGCAGCAAUGGUGGAGCAGGAGUUGGAGGCGAAUCCUCCGGCGGAAGCGGAAGUGUGGGAAGUGGCAACAGCCUCCUUACAUGACAAAAGCCACGGAGUGCAGGCGGUUUCCAGCACUACCACCCCCCGCACACCCACCAUAUGCACCAUCAGCACCACCAUCAUCACCACGCCCACAUGGGCAAUUACGACUACGGGAACUACAGCAUCGGCGAUUACACUCCACCCGGAGCAACACAAAACUAUUCAGGGUAUUAUUUCUGCGCACUUAACAAACCGCCCAAGUUCGAACGAUUCUACUAGGGCCCUGAAGCUUAGAGAUCCAGUCCAGAAGAAGUCCUUGCAGAAGGUCAUACAGACACUGAACCUGCAAAAACCCAAUUCAAACCAUUUGGUGAUUUCCCACGAUUAUGGAAUUAUAAAAUCUCAUAAAAUAUAACAUUUGAAAUUGGCAAAUGUAUUCCAACAACGUAUGCAAACUCAAAUUUGAUCUGCAAUAUAAACAAUGAUUCAGAUAUACAUUUAUAAAACUUGGUAGUCCACGGAACUUAAUGCCAUAAUUAAGAUGAUUUGCUGUAGACAAAUAAUUUAGGUUGCUGAUAAAUCAUUAUAUGGACGAAACUGUCCCUUUAUAUCAAAUCAAUUCCUAGUUAAACCUAAUGAUACUGUAAUCAUUUCCAUGACCCCUCAACAAAAUGCAGUUUAAAAUGCUCAAAUGAAAAAAAUAUGUUGGAUCGCGGCGAAUCAAACAAAUGUAGGCCUAAGAGCUGCACUGUACAUACUUAUACAUAUUUUAUUUAUUAUAUUCGCCUAGCCUAAUACGUCUUAAGUCCAAUUUAGUUCAUCUAUGACAUAAAAUAAGGUAGUUGAAAACACGCAUAAAUCUAUUCCAAAUUAGCCAACGAAAUAGGAUUUAAGUCGGAUACGAGUACGAAUCAUAAGGACAACCAACACAGCAGCACCCAAAUCGAGAAUAUUCAAAUUAAAAUUGCCAAGGCAUAAUACACAUUAAUACCUUUACACUGAUAUAGUUAUACUUACUAAGCUUAACUUAGUUGUAGAUGUAAGACAGGUGCUUUGACUUAAGCCAAUUUUUGAGUAUAUAAUGAAAAAUAAUAAAUAAAUUAUGAAAUUUAA